AUGACGGCGACAGCGACACCGACAGCGGCCGAGCAGGUCAAGUCCGUCGAGGAGCUCGUGUCGUUCCUGGCCCACUCCCGCCCCGAGGUGCGCAAGUCCGCGUCGAGUCUGCUCGUCCAUCUGACCGCGUCGGACCAGGGCCUGUACCAGCUGCUGCAGCUCCCGAAGCCGGACGCGGUCCACGCGCUCUGUCGCAUCGUGAGCGACAUGCGGCCCAUUGCCGAGGACGCGAUCAAAGCGCUCAUCAAUCUGACGGCAGCGAAUCCCGUGGCGUGUGAGCGCUCGCUGGCGUGUGGUCUGCUGGACCGCGUGAUGGCGCACGUGGGCGACGACGAGUGGCGGCUCCUGGACUACUCGAUGAUGCUGUUGGCCAACGUGAGCACGACGCCCGAAGGCGCCAAGGCGCUGCUCGGAUACGACGAGAAGCUCACGGAUGCGUCGCUGAUUGUGCUGCGCGAGAAGAAGAUCCGGACGCUCACGAACGCGUUUCUCGACAGCCAAGCGGAACCUGAUGGCAUUGACAGCGCUGGGGAACCGAAAUGGGACGACGAGUACCAGUACGUGGCCAACAUACUCGCCAACAUUAGCCAGCUGGAACAAGGUCGCGACUUUCUGCUCAAGAUGCGACAAAGCACGUCGCUCGCUGGCGCGCUGCUGUUGCAGCUCAAGUCGCCGAACGUCGUGCGUCGACGAGGUGUUACUGCUGCACUCAAGAACUUGUGCUUUGACUCUGACAACCACUUUUAUCUGUACGAUCAACUGGACCUGCCGACGCACAUGAUGGUGUUACUCGCUGGCCCUGAGGAACUGGAUGAAGACGACAAGAUGGGUAUGAACCCGGUCGUGUACAGCCAAGGCACGAGGAAGAAGCGCGAGCACGACCGACUCGUUCGGCUUGCUGCAGUCGACUGUCUACUGCUGCUGUGUACGACACGGAACGGGCGGAAGGAGCUGCGUCGCAAGAAGGUGUACCCGAUCAUCCGCGAUGCGCAUCUAGUGGAACCCGACGACGAGAUUGGCGACCAGAUUUACAAACUUGUUGACUUUCUGAUUCGCGACGAAGAUGGCGAGGAGCCUGACUGGAAUGAGGUGCGCGCCAAGUCUUUUGCAGCCGAUCAAGAGACCAAGUUGACAGACGAUGGCGAGACGGUAUUGCCGCCGGCCGUUGCAGCGCCGGACACGGCACUUCAGCCAAAGGAACCCGUGGUACGGAGCAAAGCUGAGAGAAAACAGAGGACGGUUGAGAGAAAAGUUGUCACGGCGUCAUCGACUCUUCCGACGAGUGGAGAGGACGAAGAGGUGUCAGAAGAUGUUGCGGACCAGCUCACCAGCGAGAUUUCGGCCCUGGACGUGAGUAGUGACGAGGAAGACGAAGACGAGGAUGCUCUUGGCAUGGAUUAG